CCCAACUUCAAUAACCUUGUCUUCAACACCACACUUGUAUCACCCAACUCACCUCAUUCUUACACUUGUUGUUCUGUCAAAGAGAAAAGAGAAAUUAAUAAGUACUAGUGAUAUACAAAUUUAGAAAGUGAAAUAAUUUAUCUCAAAAAAGAUAGAUAGAGAGAUACCACGACUUUACUUGAACAACAUCUGUUUUAUAGGCGCGUAUCUUUGUAUUCUUGAUUUAUAAGAAGACGGGAAUAGAGAUAGAUCGAUAUAUAGAAGGUUACAAACGAAAUAAUAGAGAUGGAUGCAAAGAAGCAAAAAGAGAGACCAUUAGAGAUAACACCAACAUGGGCAGUAGCAGUGGUUGUGUUUGUAAUACUUGCCAUUUCACUUGCUCUUGAAUAUGGUCUUCAUCUACUUGGCCAUUGGUUACAACAUAAACACAAGAAAGCACUCCAUGAAGCCCUUGAGAAGAUCAAAGCAGAGUUGAUGCUUCUAGGAUUCAUCUCAUUGCUACUAACAGUAUUACAACAACCGAUAUCCGAAAUAUGUAUUCCAAAGACAGUUGGAAGGACAUGGCACCCUUGUAGUUCUGAAAAAGAUGACGAAGAUUAUUAUGAUUAUGAUCCUUGUUAUAAAAAGGGAAAGGUGCAAUUGGUGUCAAACUAUGCCAUACAUCAACUCCACAUAUUUAUAUUUGUGUUGGCCGUGGUUCAUGUCAUCUAUUGCAUUCUUACUUUAAUUUUGGGCAGACUCAAGAUGAGGAAAUGGAGGGCUUGGGAAGAUGAAACAAAGACAGUUGAAUACCAGUAUCAUAAUGAUCCAGAAAGAUUUAGAUUUGCAAGAGAGACGACAUUUGGACGUCGGCAUAUGAGAUUUUGGAGCAACUCGACAACUCUCUUAUGGAUUGGAUGUUUUUUCAGACAAUUUUUCACGUCAGUAGCCAAAGUUGAUUAUAUGACACUGAGACAUGGAUUCAUCAAUACACAUUUAACAGCAGAGAGCCAACAAUCAUUUGAUUUCCACAAUUAUAUCAGUAGAUCCCUCGAUGAAGAUUUCAAAGCGAUUGUUGAAAUAAGUCCUAUAGUAUGGUUAUUUGCCGUUUUGCUCCUUCUCACAAGCACACAUGGUUGGUAUUCAUUCUUAUGGCUGCCCUUCAUCCCAUUGAUUAUAAUACUUAUUGUGGGGGCAAAGCUACAAGUGAUCAUCACAAAGAUGGGGAGAAGGACUCAUGAAAUGGCAGAUGUGAUUAAGGGUACACCAAAGGUUCAGCCCGGGGAUGAUCUCUUCUGGUUUGGUCGACCACGACUUGUUCUCCUCUUGAUCAACUUCGUUCUCUUUCAGAACGCAUUUCAACUGGCGUAUUUUUUGUGGACUUGGAAUAAAUUUGGCUUGAAAUCUUGCUAUCACGAGCACAAUGCAGACAUUAUAAUCAGGCUCACAAUGGCGGUGGUGAUACAGUUUAUAUGCAGUUAUGUGACAUUGCCUCUCUACGCCUUAGUAACACAGAUGGGUUCAAGAAUGAAAACAACCAUCUUUAGUGACAAUGUAGCGAAAGCACUAAAAGGUUGGCACCACAAUGCAAAAAAGAACAUUAGGCAUGGCAACCAUUCAGCUCCAACCUCACCAUUCUCAAGCAGGCCCGGAACCCCACUCCACGGAAGUUCUCCAAUGCAUCUUUUGCAUAGAUACCCAGACAAUAGUCUUGAUAGCCUUUCUAACUCUCCAAGAGGGUCGGGUUUUGAACAUGAGGGUUGGGCUAAUGAGUCUCCUUCGACCCACCACCACCACCGCAAAUAUGAAGAGCCUGAUCAGUUCACAAGUGAAGAAGACAUACAUGAUCUUCAAGAAAUUGAGAUUCAAAGACCAAGCUCGAGCUCAACGACCCAGUUGCCACCUGGGCCAAGACCGGUUAGGACUCAACAUGAAGUUGAUAUUUCAGAUUUUUCGUUUGGACAGAGCAAGUAAAUAUUGCAUUUUGAAUGAUUUUUAAUUUGUCACAGGAAAUUGAAGAUGUACGUUGCAUACAUGUAUCAUUUUGAUUUUUAUUAAAUAUGUUAGUUUAAAUUCA